GCCGCGCCCUCGCUGUUCGCGCAGCACGCGCCGCACCCGCCCAGAGCCAUCAUGCCGCCGCCCGGUAACCGCACACACAGCACGUGUCGCUGAGGGCGGAGCUGGGCGAGGCGGCGCCGGGCGGGGGGGCGCUGCGCCGCGCCGCGCCCUCGCUGUUCGCGCAGCACGCGCCGCACCCGCCCAGAGCCAUCAUGCCGCCGCCCGGUAACCGCACACACAGCACGUGUCGCUGAGGGCGGAGCUGGGCGAGGCGGCGCCGGGCGGGGGGGCGCUGCGCCGCGCCGCGCCCUCGCUGUUCGCGCAGCACGCGCCGCACCCGCCCAGAACCAUCAUGCCGCCGCCCGGUAUGUGCGGUCCAGGCGGGCCGGGCGUGCCGGGCACGUUCCCGCCGCACCCGCCGCACGCGCACCCGCAGCACCACGCGCCAUGGCUAGGUGCAGGCAGCCAGCCGCCGCCGCCGGGCAGCCAGCCGCCCCCGCCCGCCUUCCCCCCACCGCCGCCGCCGUCAAGGCACCAGGGAGAGAACGGAUCCGGCGGAUCGGGGCCUAAUCCUGGACAGAUGCCGCCACCUCCACCGGGCAUGAUGAUGGCGGGUGGCGGGUGGCGCGGCGGGUUCCCCCCGCCGUGGGCCGCGCCGCCGCCGCCCUUCCUCGCGCCGCCGCCCCCGCCGCCGCCCCUCUCCUCGUCCUAGCCGCGCGCUCCGCCAGCGCCCGCCGCACACGCAGCACGGGCACCGCACGCAGC